ACUAUUUAAUUUUUUAAUCCUUUGCUACCGUACCGUCACUGAAGGAGCUUUGGCCGCCACCGCAGACGCAAAGCAAAAUCUCCCUCCUGCUUUGAAUCGCCAUGACCCAAACCGGUUUCUGCGAUUCCGGGCCACUGUUGGACCUACACAAGAAGGCGGAGGAGAGGCGUCCACCCCUGCGGACCUGGGCCAACACUCGCGGGCCCAAGGAGAGGCGGUCACUGGCCGACUGCAGCGCCACGCCCGACUGCAGAUGGGCCAGGAGGGUGCCGGUUUCGGCGGAGGAUGGGAUCAUCAUGGGCUAUGCCGAGCAGGACGGCUCUAAAGACGGGCGUGAGGAGGAGGCCCUGCUGCAGUGUCUGCACAGCCUGCCGGGUCUGCGCAUCCUGGUGCCGGGCCUGCUGCACAGGGAGAUGGAGCUGGCCAUGGAGAAGCUGGGCCUCAUCCACGACCGGACCUACGCCUGGGACAUGUUCUCCGACAUGAUGAGGUCUCAAGCUCAUUACACCUUCCGGAGCACGGAGCUGCCCCACCCGUUCACCGACUCCACCCGCGCCAUUGUGGUAGACUGGCUGAUCCAGGUCCAUGAGAUGUUCAACUUCUCGGAGGAGACCCUCUACCUGACCGUCCACCUGCUGAACCGCGCCAUGCGGCAGAUCAAGGUGUCCAUUUCCAAACUGCAGCUGCUGGGCGUGGUCUGCCUCUUCCUGGCCGGCAAGAAGGAGGAGUGUCUGCUCCCUGAGAUCUCAGAGCUGUGCUUCCUGAUGGACAACAGCUACAGCAAGCGGCAGCUGCUACGCAUGGAGCGUCGUGUCCUGUGUGAGCUGGACUUCGAGCUCUCCCACUGCCCGCCCCUGCACUUCCUGCUUCUGACCGCCUCCAUCGCCCACUGCAGCGACCAGGUGGUGUGGAUGGCCCGCUACCUCCUGGAGCUGUCUCUGCUGGAGAACCAGUUUGUGGUGUUCCAGCCUGUGCAGCUGGCCAGCGCUGCCCUCUGCCUGGCCCGGCUGGUACUGCAGGAGGCUCACAGUCCGGAGAGCGAAGCGGCCUGGUGCAUCGCCACCAGCCUCCACAUCUGCAGUGAGCCCACGCUCCAGCGGAUCAUGCACAGCCUGGCCGUCACGGCGUCCCGAGCGCAGGGCCGGGAGACCCGCGCCUCCUUCGUCAAGUUCUCCACCGCCAAGACCCUGCACGUCAGCGCCCACCUCGGCCUGCAGAGUUGCCCCUACCUGCUGGGCCCGGCUGGAGCGCCGGCCUGGCCCCAGGCCUGCGACGGCCCCCUGAAGGGCAUGCGGGCUGGGGAGACGGGCCAGCACAUGUGAACUCAUACCUGAUCCAGGGCCUGUGUUAAGGUAUGGGAUAUCUGGUCCAGGGCUGCAUUUAGGUAUGGUAUUACCUGAUCCAGGGCCAGCAUUAAGGUAUAGGAUAUCUGGUCCAGGGCUAGCAUUUAGGUAUGGUAUUACCUGAUCCAGGGCCAGCAUUAAGGUAUGGGAUAUCUGGUCCGGGGCCAGUAUUAAGCUAUGGGAUAUCUGGGUAAGAGUCAGCAUGGGGACAUGGCAUCCCUGGGCCUGCAUUGGACUGCCACGCCACCUGCCAUCCCACACUAUGUACAGUAAAAAUCAUUGCACAUUGAGAGUAAAAUUACUCUGCCCGCUGAGCUCUUUGAUGAAUGUUUGGGACAUUUCACGGUGGAAUGAUGCGUCCCCUGAGUUUAAUUUUGUUCUUACAACUGUUACUCAUUCCUCGUACAACUUUUUAUAAAAGAAUUUGAAUUGUAUUAAGUUUUUGUCUUGAUGUCUUUGUACUUUCUUUUAGUGUUACAAAAGCAAGGAUAAUAUUCUGCAAGAAAUCUCAAGCCUGCGAUGUUAAUGGUCAGCUGAACUGAAAAACUGCUUAAAGAGAACCGAUGUGACCACUUUAUUAAAGAAAGCACUUUGAAACGAGUGUUUUUUUUGCAUGUUGGCUUGUCUUGGGGUUUUGUCUUGGAAACUUUUAAUUAUGUAAAAAUAAAUAAUUUGUCUUGUCUGAUGUAAAGGUGACCUUUUUUUCCAGAGCUUCUAUUUCCAAGUUUUAAUAAAAUGUUUCCCAGGACAGACAUUACGUAUAUGG